AUGGAAUCUAAUGAAAAUGUAAGAGUGAGUUGGAGAAAUACGGAUGUGGUAAAAACUUUUUUAGAAACUUGUAUUCAAGAAGUAUCUUUAAACGGAAGACUUGGAAGUAGUUUGAAGCCGGAUUCAUGGAACAAGGUUAACUUAGUUCUGGAGAAUUCUCAUGGUUUUAAAGUUAACCAAAAGCAGAUGAAGAAUCACUAUGAUUAUCUAAGAGACAAGUAUCAAGCUUGGUUGCCGAUAACUAAAAAGACUAGUAAUAUUUAUGAUCCAACAACUAAUACCAUUCUAAUGUCUAAUAGUGAGUGGGAUGAGUACAUAAAGGCGCAUCCAAAAGCCAAGACAUUGAAGAGUUCACCUCUACUCUUCUCGGAUCUUUGUACUGCACUUUUCGAGGGUUCUACUGCAACCGACAUUCAUGGUUGGAGUCCAAGUUGUUCAAUUCCCCGACCUGGUGUCUCAUCUUUAUCUACUAAUAUAGAUAUAGAUACCCUUGAUGAUGUUGAAGAUCUACAUGAUGAUAAAAAUGAUGGAACUUCUAUUAAUUCUUCAGUUUCAACAGAAAGGAAAAAUGCGGGAAAGAAAAGAAAAACCACACUGUCUCGAGUAGAAAUUGAUGAUAAGAUGAGUACUGCUUUGGAGUUAUUGAUUAAAAAAAAUAGUGCACCUAAUGUUGAGGAAUGUAUGAUUGGACAUGGAUAUCGACGAUCAAAUAUUGUUGUUGAUGUGCUUGUAUUGGCAUAG